CCUUGAAAGUCCUGUUGGAAUUUCCUAAAACUAACAAAAGUUUCCCCCAUCGCUUAAACAUUUGAUUGCCAUUUUGAGAUGCCUCAGAAAAAAUUCACCUUUUGAUUAAGAACAAACACCAUGUCGGACGUUGAGGCGACAUUCGAUCGCCUGUUGAAUCUGCCGGGCGUCAUGGGCGCCAUACUGGUGAAUGGCGAGGGCGUACCCAUGCGCACAUCCAUGGAUACGACGUCUAGCCACAUAUUUGCCGAGAAAAUGGGACCCAUGGUGCGGAUGGCACGCGCCAUGGUGCGCGAGCUGGAGUCCACGGAUGAUCUAACGUAUCUGCGGAUGCGCACCGUCAAGAGGGAGAUUCUGGUGGCCGCCGAGAACGAGCACAUGAUCAUACUCGUCCAGGAUUCGAACACAUUGGAUGAGGCGCGACGGAAUAGCACAUCAUCGUCCAAGAAGAGUGCGUGAAUGAAUUCCAAAUGUGACGUGUGACCAUCAAUACGAAACUUCAGACACCAGCCCCAUCCCACCCAACCCAUCCACCAUCAGGUGAAAGAACUAAAAAAAUAUAAAAAUGAACAAAAAGUGCGCAGUGCACGUCAUGUGGGCAGCAUAAACAAAAUGGCAUAAACAAGCUGUGCCAGCGGGGGGGAGGGGUGUGGAAUUUUUGGGGAGAUGAAAAGUCCUUGCACGAACUCUCCUCUACCUUCCCCCAGCGCCGCC